CGCAGUGCACAGCUCCGCGGGUCUCCUAGCGACCCGAGAGGCGGGGGAAACACACCACCGGAAGCCGGGUGGGCAGCCGGGGAAACACGGCUGACCGCAAGCGGCUGUCCGCACCCGCGGCGCGGGCCCGGGUGUCGGUGGGCACGGACUGCAGGCCCUGGUACAGAGAAGAUCUGCCGUCCAAGUGCUUCACAAAGCACGGGCGCAGGUCGCCACGUCCCACGUCACUGAACAGCCGGCGGUGGAGGUUUGUGAGAACGGGACUGGAUGACUUCCGGAAAGGUUGCCCGCCUUGCGGAGCUGUGAUCACUUGGGCCCCUGAGGAGGGCUUUCUCCCCCAGAUUUAUCACAGAGCUCCCCGACCUGCCCCGAAGAGGAGCCAGAAAGACAUGCUGCCUAGGGAAGCAGCCCUGCGUUCCACGCUCUCGCCGGCCCGCCAGGCGCGGAAGGACUUCCUGGCGGACGUUGAGGCCCAUCCGACCCCGCACCCCUCGGCUCUCUCCCCGGACCUGGAGGAAGACAUGCCCGCAGAGGUGCUGGAAGUGCUGGGUCCUGACAGGAAGCUGGAGGACACACGGGGUUAUUGUCAGGGCAUCCGGAAAAGAAUGAAGGAACCCACAAAACUUUUAAAAAAACGUUCUACUCAAGUCUUCCUGGGGCAUCCCAAGAAGACUCCUGUGUCACAUCCAGGCCAGUGGCUUUAUGAAGAAAAGAAGCCAAGUGAAUCAGAUCUGCUCUGCAAUGAUGGUCCACUUCCUCAUGAAAACGUACGCAAAGGAGUUAGCGACUUCUGCAGCUGGGCUACUAAGUUUCGGGGCCUGAACAUUGAUGAGGAGUUCAUCCUGAAACAGUUUGACAUUGACUGUCAGAGCAAACCAAGCUAUAAUGUGCUCCAUACAAUGAGACCCAGCCAGGUUCCUCUGGAGCUAAAGAAAAGGAUUGGGCUGAAUAACCUGCAGGAGCCACAGUUUUCCCAGAAACUGCACUAUGAGCAGAGACCUCAGAAACCACAGAAUCCUUAUAAACCAAAGUGGGUGAAGAUGAGGUACGGAGCAUGGUAUCUGAACACCAAGUUGUGGAAAAAGCAAAGAGCCGAUGAGCCUUUGGUUGACCCCAAGGUCUUACAUAAAGCUCAAGAUGAGAAUAUGAAAAAGGAGCUAUGGGAACAGGAGGAGCUACUUGCAGACCUGCAUGGAACAGCUGCCUUUAAGGAUUUCAUUCUGCGCAGGGGCUACAGGAUGCCGAGUUUCCUUGAGAAGAUGUGUAUGAGGAAGGAAUGUAAAUGUGAAUGUAACAAGACUUCUGUAAAAUAACUCAAGCAUGGAAGAAUCUUGGGAAGAUGAUUAGACAGAUUUCAUUUACUAUAUACUUGGCUAUUUCUCUCUCUCUUUAAACAUUAAACAAAAUUUAUAAUGAAUGUCCCACCAUAGUUGUACAAUUUUGACUUGGCAACAUCCAUAAAAUUUAUAACUAAUACAAACAUUUCAGAAUAGUCUUCUGCUUCAGUUAAUCAAUAUUUUAUAUAUUUUAUCAACCGUGAGAUCAAUUUCAUAUUUGGUAUUCUAACAUUUUGAUAGCAUUGUCAAUAUUACAUAGUUAUAUCAACUAUUUGUAAAAAUAAAUAAAACCAUAAAAAAGCAGAAUUGCUCUAUUUCAUUUUCCCAGAGCAUUAUUUUCCCUGGUUUUGAGUGAAUAGCUCCUUUACUCUUUCUUUACAAUAUAAUUUUCUUUCAUUUUGAAUUAAGCUUACUGAGGGUUUUUUGGCAUGUUAAUCUUGAUAAUAAAUGUGUACCUAUAAUAUAAUGUCAUGGGUCAUAAAGUUUAAUGGAAACUCAAGAUGACAUAUUUUUACAUUAAAUUUUUAAAAAUUAUUUUAUUUAACAUGUUAAUGCUCAUGUUAGGAAAAUUAGAAAAUAUAGACUAACAAAAAGAACGUAGAAAAUACAAAUACUUCCUAUAGAGUCAGCAGUAACUACUCUUUACUCAUUGGAAUGCCUCCUUCCAGAUCUUUCCCUCUGAAAUACCCUCUGGAUAAUUUAAUCAAAGGAAUUUAUUUAAAGGAUAUUGGAUCCCAAAGUUUUAUCAGUUAUAGUAUUUGUCUUCAAAUACAGAAUCUCUGGGUGAUGGAUGACCUUUCAUCCUCUGGGUCUGUCAUGAUCCCAUUUCAAUAAUCUGUAGGCUGUGAGUGAGUCUUUACUAUACACUCUAUGCAUCUGGACACAUUAGGGUGAUGGAGUACAUGACAGAAGCAAUGAACGCAUAGUGUCAACCCAUUGCUGUGAAAUGAGUUUCAGUGUUGAGUGGGAUACCGUGGUGGUGAAUGAGCAUGCAGGAAGUGUAGAAAUGUUGGUGUGGGCAGAAGUUUGUUAAGCAGGAAAGCAAAUCCAAUUGCAGAAUAGGUUGCUAUUCUAGUCAGGCCACUUUCCUCUGACUCCCUUGCUGUUUCAACUUGUCAUACAUGCCCGCUUGGUAGCCCAUGGGAGCCCCAAAGCCUGAGAGCCCAGAGGAGGCAUCCAGUUCUACCAGGCAAGCUGGGGCAGGAUUCUGACAUUCAAGUGCUGAGCCAAGAUGGUGUUGGCGGUGGUCUGGAGAGAAUGCAUUUCUUCCCCUGGACACAUUGUUCCUGGCUUUGUUACAUUCAAGCCUAAUUCACAUUAGGGACUCAAGUUUGGUUUUAAUUACUGGACAAUUAUUCCACAGAAGCAGGAGCCAGGGCAGCCUUCGUGAGGGGAAAUCCAAGUUGCUGAACCCACGUGGAGCCUGCAUUUCUGCCUCCAUGCCCACUUUGCCCAUGAGAUCACUGGGCAACAUUGGAAUUUCUGGAGAAGGAAGCGGGCUGGCAUGCAGAGGAUAGGUCAAACUUUUCACCUGAUUAUUGAGCGCUUCCUCUACAGUGGAGGGCUUUUGGUGGGUAUUCACAAAGAACCAAAUACUCCCAUACUCUGGAUCCAUUCUGAGCGAUCCCCUGUAUACCUCUUCUCCCAAAUCUCUUUGUCACUAUCCCUGCAUUCUUGAUCCUUCCAAGUCUCUGGCUACUAAGCUAAGCCAUCAGCUGCUGACCAUUAGUUGGUGACAUGCACCUCAGCCCAUUUCUCCUUUCAGACAAAGUGGUCAACAGGAUGAAAUGCUUACAUUUCUGUCUACUGGAAAAUUCCCCUUCUCAGCUGCUCUUCAGGGCCACCCUUGAGUUGGGCUACAGUGUUGUGGCAGUCCACUUGUGGCUGCUGCCGUCAUAUAGUGGAGGUUGUCUGUUUCAUCACUUGGACUUAGAGAACGUCCCCAGGUCAAAUGUGUAGGCUGAGGAAGAUGACAGGGUGGUAGGAGCGGGCACACCAUGCAAUUUGUUCUGUCUUCAAUUCCUGGUCAAGCCCAGCCCUAAAUAGAAAACUUUCACUUGAUUACGAGAAGCAAAAUAAUUUGGUAAUUACGUGUGUGGACUUUGGAGCAGGAGGGCCUGGAUUCAAACCAAGCUCUGCUACUUAUUUGCUAUAUGACUAUGGGGCAAGUUGCUUAUCCUCUCUCUGCUUCAGUUUUCUCAUCUAAAGUAAGGAUAGUAGCAAUAAUAACAGUACUAUCUCCCAGAAUGGUGGUGGGGAUUAAAGGGAAUGUUACCAGUAAAGUGCUUAGAACACAGCCUGGCACUGUGCACACACACUAAAUGUUAGCUGACUUCAUGGCUUAGUGGAUCAGAUGACCCUGGUGGACAAUGGGCACCAGUCGCUUGGUUACCUAAGGUCUCAGGAUCAGGCUGCCGUAUUAACUGGUGCCAAGCAACAAACGGAGAUUGGUUUCUCCAAAGGAGAACAGUUACAUGCCACAGAGCUCCUGGCUCAGCUGCAAAGCCCUGGGGGCCUGUGCUCUGAUUCGCCUUUCUGGACGUGCCGAAGCUCCAUUCAGCAGCUCUCUGUGCCACAGGUGCUUUGAGCACGCUGGAUACAUUGGAUCAGAGGGCAGAGAUUUCGGGACCAGCUGAAAGCCUUCUCUUGCUUCAGGCUGCCCUCAGAGCCGGCAGCCUCUCAGAUUACUAAAGCAAUGAGCUGAAACAGCACAUCUAAAUCUGGCCUCCAAAAUCCAAAGAGAAGUGCAAGUGGCACGUCGUUACAUGUUAUUUCCAACACCCAGACAUAAUAGACGUAAAUAACCUCAAGAGCAUAGAUGCUAACAAAAGGUGUUAAAAACCAGGAAGAGAUGAGGUUUUGAGUUCUGUUACCUUUGGUUUUAAUAUAAUUUAUUUUAAUUGUAAGUCUAUUUAAGUUUUAGUAAUGACUGUGUUUACCAACCAACUUGCUAAAUUCCUGCAAAUUUAACAGUUGGCUUUUGGGAGCUAGGAUAAACUGCCUCUAGCACAUGGGGAGCAUUCAAGGCAGUGAGGGAUGUUAGGGGUGAAGAAUAAAGAGAGCUGGCUACCCCGGCCUCCUGCCAGCCUAUUUCCACAAAGGUCAUUACAGAGUCCUCGCGCAAAGUGGGAAAAUCCUCACCACAGAGGGAGUAGGGAGAACUUCUCUGACAAGGAAGGCUGCAGCGGUUUGGGUCUGCCAGGGAGCAAAUGGCAAAAGGGCAUUAGAUGCUUGAGAGGUUUAUUGGGGUGGGAGCGGCAGAACCGAGGGAGAGCCUUUAGAUUCUGAUGCGUGUGUGAUCCCUGCGGAAGGACAGAGGGAGGAAAAGAAGAUACGGUCUUGAACUGCAGCACAGUUCAAAGGAAGGUUUGGCCAGGCCAAUGGGGAGACCUUAAGUCAAGGUCGCCAAGAGGAGGAGUCGCACAUUUUGCUAAAAUGGGCCUGCCUUGGCACUUCUGCAUGCUCUGUCGUUGGCUGGGAGCAGCCCAGGGGAGUAUGGCCUCGGCGAGAGGGCGAAAGAUCCAGAGGGGUAGCAGCUGGGUCCAUCAGUCAUUUGUGUUCCUUGCAACAGGAGAUCUGAGCAGCAUAUUUUCAUAGGGUUGGGAGUUUAGGGAACUUGAAGCCAUCUGAACAUUCCCAUAUAUUCACAGUUCAGCAUUCAGGGUCUCGCUCUUUCCCAAUCUAUACUCUGUCUUCACCUACGAGAUCUUACAAAGCUGUGAAUUCAAAUGAUAUUUUAAUUCAGCAAAUUAAAGGAUCAUUUUUUUUUUCUUUUUCUUUCUCAGUUCAAUAGCUGCAAGACAUGAGAUUACUUUAGACAAUCCCAAGGACUUUUCUAAUUUGGGAAGUUUGUGUUUGUUUAAAAAAAGGUCCACAAAUUAUUUGAUGCACCUGUCUUCAAAAUGCAGGGUCUAACCCCUUUUCCCCUUGAAUGUGGGCUGUACCUAGACUUGAUUUUAAGGAACAGAAUGUGGAAGAAGUGAUGAGGUGUCAUUCUGAAACUAAAGCAUGAAAGACAUUGUGGCUUCCUCGUUCUCACUUGAAUCACUUGGGAGAGACUAGCUGCUGUGUUGUGAGGACACCCAAGCUGUCUAUGGAAAGGCUCACAUGGCAAGGAACUGAAGCCUUCUGCAAAUAGCCAUGUGAAAAGCCGUCUUGGAAGUGGAUCCUUCAGCCCCCAUUAAGCCUUCAGAUGAGAUUGCAACCACUGCUGACAUCCUGACUGCAACCAUAUGAGAGAUCCUGAGCCAGAACCACUCAGAGAAGAUGCUUCUGAAUUCCUAACCCAUAAAAAUGACUCUAAUGUUGGUUGUUUUAAACCAUUAAAUUUACUGAUUAUUUGUUAUGCAGCAAUAGAUAACUAAUAGAUUUUUGUGCCUGGAAGUGGGAUGCUAUAACAAGAAUGUAAAAUGUGAAAGGGAACAGGAUUGAGAAGUGGGUUGAAACUGGAAGAACUUUGAAGAAACUGUUGGCAGAAGUCUCAUAGACUGUGAAGAGGCUGUGGGUGAAGGCUGGCAGGAAAAUGAGGUAAAUGCAGUUGGAAAUCGGGAGAAGUGGUCUCCUUGUUAUGUAAUAGCAGGAAGUUUAUCCAUACUGUCACCUGAAGUAACGUGGAAAGUAGAAAAACUACCUAAUGAACUGGUGAUGUAACUAAGGAGAUUUUUAUACAGAGUGUUGAAGGUACCGCCUGGUUUCUUGCUGCUUAUAGUAAAAUGCAAGAGGAGAUCGAUAAGCCAAAGGGACAGUUUAACCAAAAGCAACCAGGACUUGAUGGUUUUGUAAACUCCUAGCCUCUCAGAUGACAAAUGAUGUUUAAAUUAAGAAAUGAUUUGUAGCAAAGAUCAAAUCCAAAAGAACACAUCAAAGGACAUGCCAGGAAAACAUGGUCUAAAGAUGAAUCCAAGGAUGUAAUUGUUAAAUCCCUUGUUAAGACCUCAGAAAGUUCAAAGGUGACGCUUCAGAGUACAUUCAGGCAGACAAAAAUGCUACUGAAAUUUUUAAAAGUGUGCCUCACAGUUUUAGUCAAACAAUAGAGCGUCUAAGGAAGUGGAGGACGUUGUUCUUCAGCACACUCUCAAGGUAGAGAAGGGCUUAUCUUCAAGAUAGUUGUGGGGAAUUCCCUGGCGGUCCAGUGGUUAGGACUCUGUGCUUCCACUGCCCGGGGCCCAGGUUCAAUCCCUGGCUGGGGAGCUAAGAUCCCGUAAGCUGCGGCCCCAAAUAAAAGAGAUUUGUGGUUUUGGCUCUUAAAUAAUGAUGUGGACCGUCUAAGAUUCACAGGAGACCUGCAAAGUUUUUUGAAGAACUAUAGCGCAAUAAACACUGCCAGCCUGGACUAAAAUGGGGGUUGUCUAGAAAGGGGCUAAGUGUAUUUUGCAUAUGAGAGCAAACUGUUACUGAAGUGAAUG